AUGGAAGCGACAGAUGCAACAGCAGUACCCGAGGGUACAGCAUUGAAAACAUUGAAGAAUAGAAAACGUCUGGGGUAUUUUAUGCUGUUGAUGGCGAUGUUUUUCUUUUUUCUCUGGAUGCCCGAUACUAUAUGCGAACUUAUCGAUUUAAUAUCUGAAGAUGGAGUCAGCCCUGGUUUGCUACAGUUUGCCCAGAGUUUCGGAUUACUGCAUUCUGGCAUUAGCCCAUUUCUUUCAUUGGCCAGCAUGGACCGCAACUGGACAAAAGGAGUGUUUUCGAUGUGCAAGCAGCUACACAUUUUAAAGGAACAUAAAUCCCCUUCCUCGACGAACGAAGACGCAUUAGGGCCGUUCAACCCCAAAUUUGUCAAACCUAACGUCAAAGUACAAUACAACAGACGAUCUUCAUCUGUCUUUAUCUACUAACUCUGUGAUCUAGCUUGUUUAAUUUUUCUAUAAAUAAAGCUA